GCAGGAGCAACAUUACAACGCGAGCGAAGAGGCGAUGGGGCUGACAAGGAGGGAAGGGAGGCAGAGGCGAGUCAACUCCAGCCCGCCCGGUCACCGGCCGGAGGGGAGAAUGGCGGAGACAGGACCGACCCACCGGCUCCGCGCGCGCGCCGAGGCGGCGGUGGCGUCCCUGGUGGACGUCCGCCCCCACGAGAUGGCCCCGCUGACCAGCGCCGCCUCCACCUUCUUCUUCAUCCUGAGCGCCUACUUCGUGGUGCUGCCGCUGCGGGACGAGGGGGCCAUCUCGCUGGGCCUCGGCGCCCUCCCGGGCCUCUUCGCCGGCUCGCUCGUGCUCACCGUCCUCGCGGCCCCCGUCGCCUCCCUCGCCUUCUCGCUCCCGUCCGUCCCCAAGUCCAGUGCUUUGGUUUUGAUACACAGGUUCUUCAGCAUAUCCGUUCUUGUAUUUUUUGUGCUUUGGUUUGCCUCGAAGCCGGGCUCCCCAUCUACCGCCCAGUCAAGUGAAGAUGGUUCAAAUAAACCUGCUGGCUGGGGAAACCACAGCUGGUUAUACAUAGUUGUGAGAAUAAGCUUCUUUCUCUGGGUUGCUUUGCUUAAUCUCAUUACAAUAUCAUCCACUUGGGCAAGGGUAAUUGAUGUCAUGGACAGUGAGUCAGGUUCAAGAUUGUUUGGUUUUAUCGGGGCUGGUGCUACGCUAGGGCAACUUUUUGGUUCUUUGUUUGCUGCAAGCAUGGCAUGGAUGGGACCCUUUCUGCUCCUAUUUUCCUCCCUCUUGAUGGAACUUGCUGCACUGUCAUCUAAAGGAAUUUGCAUUGAUGCUAAUCAUGGUUCAACAGAAUUGCCAUCAACAGGAGCAGAACCAAGUCAAAAUACCGAGCUUGGUGAUGAAAUGUCUUCGCUGGUCACUUCACCUAGAACACCUUCCCAAUCUCAAAAGACAAAGCCUGGGAUUUUUGUGAUGUUUGAAGGUUUCUGGCUGAUCAUGCGCUCGUCUUACCUGAUAUACAUAUCUCUGUUUCUAUGGCUGAGUGCAGUUGUCUCAUCCUUCUUUUACUUCCAGAAAGUAACUAUAGUUGCUACUACAAUAUCAAGCCCAACUGCCAGAAGGAGAACAUUUGCACUGAUAAACAGCUUUAUAGCAGUUUUUAUUCUUGCCGGACAGCUCACUUUGACGGGUCAUAUCCUUACAGUAGCUGGUGUAACGGUUGCUAUUUGCGCAUCUCCAUUUAUUGCUGCCUCAAAUUUGGUUGCCCUUGCUGUAUGGCCAACUUGGUUUGCUGUUGCUGUCACUGAAACAAUUCGAAAGGUAACUACCUAUGUUUUGACUAGACCGGGAAGGGAGUUAUUAUUUACUGUUGUCUCACAGGAUGAGAAGUACAAAGCCAAGGUCUGUAUAGAUGUUAUUGUUCAAAGGCUUGGUGAUGCGACAGCUGCUGGAAUUUACACAUUACUUUUCAGCAGCUUCGAGAAGAAAAUAUCCAUUGUCAACCUCUAUGCAUUGCCGCUCUGCUUUGUCUGGCUUCUCAUUGCAUUUCAUUUGGGACGGCUCCAGACAAAUCUUGCCAAGCUUCAGGCAGCUUCUGACCCGUCCUAGUUCCUCCCAAACAUGUACCUGGAACCUAAAAAAUAGGUAUCGUGGUGCUUCUUGACAUCUAUCAAGACAUGUGGCUGAGUAAGGCUGUUUGUGCCUGGCUUUUACUUUUCUAGGAUAUCGACUCAAGACAGUGAAGUUGUUCGAGAAUGCAGAAGUACAGUAUGUCCUGAAGACAAUGUUUUUGCCACCAGCAUUGAUUUUGUCUGCACAUUUCAAAGGAGCUACAAAUUGACGAACGGACAUUCGAAUAUAACACUGGAAGUAAAGUAACUACCUGAAGGGUGAACAUAGAGGAAGACAUAAAUAGUACUAGCAGGCUAGCAGCUUAGAGUAUAAGAAUACACGAAUUUUGUAUCUGCUUUUAGUCCAUCCUUUCAUGGUGGAAAAUUGUGUCAUGCAAACUUUAAGCAUGUUAAUUCAUUGUUUAUGGGGAAAAGUAGGCAUUGUUCUGUUGUGCUGCAUAAAAUAAUGUACUGUCCAAUACCACUCCCAGACUGCAUAUCAUUUGCAGAGAUGUGUAAUACCGACAACCAUCUGAUGAACCCGGACUACUGAUGCUACGAUGAAAUAUUUCUGUA